CACCGCCCCAACUCAUCCCCCAGAAUGUACAAACCGGAAGCGCAGCCGGUUCAAAGGGGGUAAAAUGGGAAAUGUAUCCAGUAACGAACGAAUCACGAAAAAAUCAGUUGUAGAUUAGGACGCCUCGUCGAUGAAUGGGGGACGUGUAGGAGGUUUCUCUCAGGGGUGGCGAUCACGCGUGCGGCGGCUCUUGCGGUGGCUAAAGGGAUAUCUAUCCCUGCGGGAGCACGGCCCAGAAGCCUAAAGCCUCUCACAACCGUCAGAUUGGCCACGUGUCGACCUGUCCGCUUACGUGUCCCGCUAUUAGGCGGUUCUCCCGAAUGGGACAGAGCGGGGAACAGCGUGUAUCCUCCCCACGUCUUCUGAGUCUUUAACCGUUGAUUAGAUGAUGGACGGUACGCGUGAGUGUACGUGGAAGGAGGGUCCAGGAAACCGCGCACUCCUAUCGCCCUCCGCCGGCCUCUCGCCAUUUUUAUAGCUCCGAGAGAGAGGGAGAGAGAGGCGAGAGAUCGAAGGUUUUGUGUUCGUCGAAGCCAUAGAUCUGGUUUGCUUCUGAUCCGUCAAUCGUCGCCCGGAGGUGGUGGUGGAUUGGGGGAGAUCUUUGCAUGGCUCAGCUGCAGGCUAUUGGGGCCUCUUCUUCUUCUUCGAAGAUUUCUUUUCAUCGACCGAGGAUUUGUGGAACACCCACCUAUUGGGAUAACAUAUGCUGCUUUAAGGGCUCCAACUUCCACCAGGAGGUGGGUGCAAGGUUGAGUGGGUUCUGUGGCCAUGUGAACAUUCACCAGAAUUCACGACAAAUAUGUGUUACUCGGAACCAAGCUAUUCAGUGUGUACUGGCUGGUGAAAAAGGGACGGAUGCAGUACUUUCUGGAAAAACUGAUGUUUAUGGCAGUCAUGAUGGUAGCGGAUUGCGUGGAAAGUUGAAUAAAGUCGUUUUAGCUUACAGCGGUGGCUUGGAUACAUCAGUUAUUGUCCCAUGGCUAAGGGAGAAUUAUGGAUGUGAAGUUGUUUGCUUCACUGCAGAUGUUGGUCAAGGUGUCAUGGAGAUGGAUGGCUUGGAAAGAAAAGCCAAAGCCAGUGGUGCAAGUCAACUUGUUGUGAAAGAUCUAAAAGAGGAAUUUGUGAGAGAUUACAUAUUCCCCUGUUUGCAAGCUGGGGCUGUCUAUGAAAGGAAGUAUUUGCUUGGGACCUCGAUGGCUCGCCCUGUUAUUGCUAAGGCAAUGGUUGAUGUUGCUAAAGAAGUUGGUGCGGAUGCGGUCUCACAUGGAUGUACAGGAAAAGGAAAUGAUCAGGUUCGAUUUGAACUUACCUUCUUCGCUUUAAAUCCUGGACUCAAAGUUGUGGCACCAUGGAGGGAAUGGGAGAUCACAGGUCGAGAAGAUGCUAUCGAGUAUGCGAAGAAACACAAUGUUCCUGUUCCUGUUUCAAAGAAAUCAAUUUAUAGCAGAGACAGGAAUCUAUGGCACCUUAGCCAUGAGGGAGACAUUCUGGAGGACCCCGCAAAUGAGCCAAAGAAGGAUAUGUACAUGAUGACCGUUGACCCAGAAGAUGCAUCUAAUCAACCUGAAUAUGUGGAGAUUGGCAUCAAUUCAGGCAUACCUGUUUCCCUCAAUGGACAAGAGCUCUCCCCUGCAACCCUGCUCUCUGAGCUCAACGAGAUCGGCGGUAAGCAUGGGAUCGGACGUGUGGACAUGGUGGAGAACCGGUUGGUUGGCAUGAAGUCCCGGGGCAUCUACGAGACGCCUGGUGGCACCAUCCUAUGGACAGCAGCCCGCGAGCUCGAAUCCCUGACGCUCGACCGGGAGACCAUGCAGGUGAAGGACAUGCUCGCGCUCAAGUAUGCUGAGCUGGUGUACGCCGGCCGCUGGUUCGAUCCGCUCCGCCAGUCCAUGGAUGCCUUCAUGCAGAAGAUAACCCAGACCACAACCGGAUCAGUGGUUCUCAAGCUCUACAAGGGGUCGGUCAGUGUUGCAACCCGGAAGAGCCCAUGCAGCCUGUACAGGGAAGACAUCUCAUCAUUUGAAAACGGCCUCAUCUACAACCAGGCUGACGCUGCUGGCUUCAUCAGGCUAUAUGGGCUUCCUACCAGAGUCCGGGCAAUGCUUGAGAGGGGCAUCUGAGUCUCUCUUCUUCUUCUUCUUCUUCUUCUUCUUCCCCCCCAUGGCUGUGGGAACAGGCUUUAGUUCAUAAGGUUCUCCUUUUUGCACCUUAUCCAUCAUAUGUAGUCAUAGGUGUUCUAAAGUUCUUUUUGUGAGAUGCUGUGCACCUUCUGAUGGUAGGAUAUGAUUACAAUAGGAUUGGUGAGUUGCAGUGAUUGCAUUGGUUGGGUUGGGAUUUCUCUAUCAAUAUGCAAGGGAUGUGGGAAAUGGAUGCCGCAACAAGUGAGAUGAUGUGAUGGCUUCUUGGGGGGUUUCUUUCAUGGAUGAGAACCUCAAGAGCUCUAUGUGGUCCAAGUAUGAACAUCCAAAUGUGUCAAGAUUUGAAGGGCAUGCGUCUUGUCUGAUAGUCCUUGUACUGGUGAUGGGCAUUGUUGUUUUGUGCUGAGGUAAGGUAUUAUUCUCUUGGUGA